AAUCUGAGACAGAAGAUUUCCUGAAGCUGAUCUACAAGAUAAUCAGUAGAUUAAUUGAUUAUGAAAAUAAUAUUUAGGUGUGGCUUUAGUUUUGAGGGACAAAAUCUCACAAUAUUGUCAGCAUUACAAAACUUCAGAGAUUACCAGAGGUGGAGUUAUUGGGCUUGAGUCAUGGCAGUGUGUGCUGAUUAGAAAUGAUUAAUGGAGGCAAUUACUUUAUUCAAUGGUUACUAACAGUUAAAGACAUUCUUAAAAUGUUGUGGAAAGAAUGUGUCAUGCAUACAUUUCUUACGCAACACACUUUUAAUUGACAGCCUAUGCAUAUCCCUGCCAACCUGGUGGACCAACUGGAGCGACUGGCGUUGGUGGAUUUCCGCACCAAACAGGGACUGGCCUGUUUGGAGGAAGCCAUCAGAUUUGCAGAUCAGCUUCAUGCUGUUGACACUUCAGGGGUGGAACCAAUGGAGUCAGUUCUGGAGGACAGGUCAUUAAACCUUAGGGAGGAUGCAGUGACAGAAGGGGACUGUGCUGAAGAACUGCUUCAGCUCUCUAAACACACUGUUGAAGAAUAUUUUGUGGCACCACCAGGAAAUAUUCCUCUACCAACGAGGGAGGAAAGGGCCACCAUACUGAAACACUCAGAGUUAUGAUAUUUAUUACAAAUAGUACAUUUUGGAAGUUAAAUAAAAACCUUAAAGUACUGCAUUAA